AUGCCAAGAAUUACUCGGCCUGAUAACCAUACAGAAGGUUGCAAAUGCCCAUCUGGAUUCAAUGGAGACGGGAUUAAUAACUGCAACGAUAUUGAUGAAUGCAAAGAGAAGAUAGCGUGUCAAUGUCCCAACUGCAAAUGCAAGAAUACAUGGGGAAGCUACGAGUGUAGCUGCAGUGGCAAUUUGCUCUACUUUAAAGAACAUAACACAUGUCUAAGUAAAGAUGUUGCUACAAGUGGUGGAGUUCGAAGAUACAUGGACUCGGAGAUCAGGGCCAUCAUGGCACAGUAUAUGCCAUUGGGUAAUGAAGGGGAGAUUCUUGUUCAUGGAUCUCAUGGAGACAUUUAA